AAUAGAAGCCUGGGCUGGGCAUCUCAAGGCGCGAGUUGGCCAAGAGCGAGAUUGGAGAUGUGGCAGGCCGUGCUGCGCAGCUCCCGGGCGGCUCCGCUCCGCCUGGCCCUCCUGGCCAGCAGGCCUCUCUCGGCCGCCGCCGUCCCGGCCCCCAACCCCCAGCCGGAGGUCAUCUGCAACAAGAUUUUCAUCAACAACGAAUGGCACGAUGCAGCCAGCAAGAAAUCCUUCCCUACCAUCAACCCAUCCACAGGGGAGGUCAUCUGCCAGGUGGCGGAGGGAGACAAGGCGGAUGUAGACAAGGCUGUGAAGGCGGCCAAGGAGGCAUUCAGGUUUGGAUCUCCUUGGAGAAGGAUGGAUGCCUCUCACCGGAGCAAGCUGAUCAACCGCUUGGCUGACCUGAUUGAGAGAGAUCGGGCCUAUUUGGCGGCUCUGGAAACACUGGACAAUGGCAAGCCAUAUUCCAUUUCUUAUCUGGUGGAUUUAGACAUGGUUGUUAAGAACCUCCGGUACUAUGCCGGUUGGGCAGACAAGAUCCAUGGGAAAACGAUUCCCCUUGAUGGAGACUUCUUUACCUAUACGAGACAUGAGCCUGUGGGGGUUUGUGGACAAAUCAUUCCGUGGAAUUUCCCGCUGCUGAUGCAGGCCUGGAAGCUUGGCCCAGCACUGGCCACGGGGAAUGUGGUGGUGAUGAAACUGGCUGAGCAAACCCCCCUAACAGGUUUAUAUGUGGCCAGUUUGAUCAAGGAGGCCGGUUUCCCGCCAGGGGUGGUGAACGUUAUUCCAGGCUUUGGGAAAACCGCAGGCGCUGCCAUCUCGUCUCACAUGGAAGUGGACAAAGUUGCAUUCACAGGUUCCACAGAGGUUGGACAUCUGAUCCAGAAGGCUGCAGCAGAGAGUAAUAUGAAACGAGUGACCCUUGAGCUUGGUGGGAAGAGCCCCAACAUCAUCAUGUCAGAUGCUGACAUGGACUGGGCUGUCGAGCAAGCUCAUUCUGCCUUAUUCUUCAACCAAGGACAGUGCUGUUGUGCUGGAUCUCGGACAUAUGUCCAGGAAGAUAUAUAUCACGAGUUUGUGGAGCGGAGUGUGGAAAGAGCCAAAUCCAGAGUGGUUGGAAACCCGUUUGAUUUCAAGACAGAACAGGGACCUCAGGUAGAUGAAGAUCAGUACAACAAAAUCCUUGGCUACAUCAACGCUGGGAAAAAGGAAGGUGCCAAACUGCUCUGUGGGGGCAAUCCUGCCGCAGACAAGGGCUACUUUAUUCAGCCAACUAUCUUUGGAGAAGUGCAGGAUGACAUGACCAUCGCCAGAGAGGAGAUCUUUGGGCCAGUCAUGCAGAUCCUAAAGUUCAAAAGUAUUGAGGAAGUUAUCCACAGAGCAAACGAUACCAAAUAUGGCUUGGCGGCAGCAGUCUUCACGAAAGAUAUUGACAAAGCAAACUACAUUUCCCAGGGGUUACGUGCCGGAACUGUCUGGAUAAACUGUUACAACGUGUUUGGCGCUCAGGUCCCAUUUGGUGGAUAUAAAGCAUCUGGACAAGGUCGUGAGGGGGGAGAGUAUGGUCUGACGCCAUACAUGGAAGUGAAAACAGUAACUAUCAAAGUCCCGCAGAAGAAUUCUUAAGGAACAUGUGCCACCUUUGGCUUUCUGAAACCAUUUUUAUAAAGUUUCUGAAGCUUGAUAGCACAAAUAACGAGACAGCACCACCUUCGUGAAGCAAAAGUGGGCCUCUACAUGUAACUCACAUUGAAGAAAAGAAGCAAUUGCCUGCCUUUCAUUUUAUUUGGCUUGUUUUCUAUACGAGACGCCUCUGCAUAAUAACAUUCCCUAAAUGAAGAUUUGAUUAACUUCUCCAGCAUCUAUUCAAUCUCUCUGAAGAAAAUUAUUACUGAGUGAGUGGUACCAAUGUAUGGCAAUUUUUCUUUCCAUGUAACCUCAAAGAAAACCAAGCAUUAUCUCUUUAUAUAAAUGAGAACUCUUUACAAUGUACUACUUAUUUUGACUAUUAAAUGCUGUGAAAACAAAA